UACGGCCGUGCGGCGGCGCGCGCGCGCGGAGCGGCUCGGCCCGGCCCGGCCCGCCCCCCGCGGGCAGCGCGGCCCCGCGGCCGAGGGCGCGGCCCCCCGGCGGCCCCACCGCCAGCGGCGCUCCGGGGGCACCGGAUGCCUCAGCGGGGAGCGCUCAGCAGAAACCAGUGUGGUUCCUAUGAAGAAAAGCCAUUAGCGAUGAUACUACAGGAUAGGCCUCACAUGAGGGUCCUUGAUAUGAAGGGCAGCUCUCCACUUCUGUAGCUGAUGGGUGAGGACAACAGCUUGGUAAAAGAAGCUACCAAGAGCUGGCAGGAUGAGUUACAGCUCACCCUCUGUGCACAACUUGUAUCACAGCACCACCACCACCACAGCCAAGCCAGACCAAGGGACAGCUCUGGAUGUGACUGUACCAGAAACAGCUACCAUAAGCCCUGAGACUACCAGUUUCAACAGCACCAAAAUCCCAGAUGUGGCCAGCACUGGACCUGGCAUCAGCACAAUGCUGCUGUCCUUUGGGAUCAUUACUGUGAUUGGGCUGGCUGUAGCUAUGGUUCUGUAUAUCAGGAAGAGGAAGAGGUUGGAGAAACUACGGCACCAGCUCAUGCCCAUGUACAACUUCGAUCCCACCGAGGAGCAGGAUGAACUGGAGCAGGAGCUGCUGGAACAUGGGCGAGAUGCAGCAUCUUCCCAGGCAUCGCAGAGCAAGAUUCUGCUGACAAGUCAAGGAGCCCUCCAGAGACCCAGCCGUCUUGUGUUCACAGACGUUGCCAAUGCCAUCAAUGCAUGAAGAAGACCGGCCCCUGCUCCGGGAUCGUGCUGAGACUGGGGAGGAUGAAGCCAACAAACCAGUGACUUCCCGCAAGCAUGGCUGAUCCACUGAGCCCAGCUGGUCACCCUGUCCAUUUGUGUUACAAAUGGGCACAAGCACUGGGAACUGUUGUCACUUUGGGAAGCAAACCCUUUGUGAUGGCAGUGGUGAUUUUUUUGGUGUGUCUGUUACCACUAAAAGGUCCUGAGCUCCAGUUUCUGAGCUGGUGCUGACUGAUACCAAGCUGCGUGCUUAGGAACAGUGCCCGCUUUGUGGUAGGUUAACUCGUGAGAGCACACGCGCGUGCUCUCUGGGUCAGGGAAGGAGGAGAGGUGCAUGUUUCAGAGAGCUUCCCCACUGGCUCUGUGCCACCAGACCCCAAGGAAAGCGAUGAAUGAGCCUCGCUGUACAGUGACGACAGCUUUGGCAGAUCCUGGGGGGGUGACUGGUGGCAAAGCCCCUUUGAGCAAGAAAAGAUGACUCCCCUAGCUGAGUGGUAAUGUGGGGCAUGUCAGGGAAAACACAUACCAUGGGCUUAUCCCUCUUGUGGCACGUGGGCUGCUGAUAAAUGUGCGCCUGGGUGAUGUUGAAGCAUGGGAAAUUCACUAGCUUUAAAAAGUGAAAUAGUGAGCGUUUGGCUGAUUACAUCUUGACUGAGGAAGUGACUGAAUAUCCCAAAUGAGGGCUGCUGUACAGACAGAGGGGAAUUCACGCAGCUAGAGGCAGGGAUGGGCUGUCAAUGGCUACAUGAUUCCCUCCUGCUGAGCUAGGAAUAAUGGUGCUCGGACCACAGAGAGGAGUUGAGUAGAACUGGGGUUCCAAUACCAUGUAUCCUCUUCCUGAUUUGGCUCAGGGAAGUUUCUACAGUGCAGAGUGUUAUCCAGAAAAAAAGAUUAAGCCUUGAAAUAUUUUAUUUUAAAUAAGGAAAAACAUCUAUUUGCUCAACAUUAGAACAGCCCCAUGUGAGCCCCCAGAGGUGGGUGAACAGCUGGUUCAUACUUCUUACCUGCCAGGACCUGCAGUCAGAGCCUUCUCUUCUUCCUGCUGAAAGCUUUGUGUUAGUCUCUGCUCACGCAGAAGGUGGGACUAGAUGGGUAAGCCAGGAGUUUCCCUGUAACCCUGAAGCAUCUCUCUGCCUGUGCAUCCUUCAGGGCUGCAGGAGGGAGAGAGUACGAAGGGGUCUCUGGCCACCUUGGUGUGCUGCAGUGUGGCAUGGACGCUGUCCUCUGCAGAGCCUUUUGGUGACCACCAGCCCUGAGUGCUGCAGGCUAGCACAGUGGCCAGGGGCCAGCUGCAGAGCCUGCAUGCAAGCAUCAGUGCCCAGCCAUGCGCUGAUCACCUCCUGAUUUUUUUUGCAGUACAUGCAUUUGUCAGUCAGACCAUAUUCCAUCCACAGCACUAGUUAAAAGGGAAUCAGGGCAAGCCAAAAUUUGAACGCAGAUCUAAAGAAAGGCUUUAUGCAAGAAGAUGUUUCACUGAAUGGCAAUUCGGGUAUCAUGCUUUGUUACAAGUUUGGACCUGCCAGUUAGUUUUUGUUCUUCCAAAUAAUUUUUUUUCUUCCCCACUGUGAUUUCCCCCCACCCUAUUCAUUAAAUGCAGACUCUUUCCUGGGUGUGUGCCACUGACCCCCUGCAGUUGCUUUAAUUUUUCAGUAUCCCUCUUUCUUUUACAAAACCAGGGAGUUCUGGGAGCAUAUUAGGGCUAGGGAGUGUCAUCAUGUGUGGAAAACAGCCCAUCAUCCGUACCCAGGAGAUGUGGCAGGAGGCACUCCCAGGCUGCUGGUUGCUGCUGGUGUUUGUACUCUAGGGACACUGUCAGAAGGAGGGUGCGUGGGUACAAAUACUCAACGUAAUCUGGCUUCGGUCCUUAGAAUUUGGACGCUAUCUGUGGGUCUUCCCAGAGAUUAUGCCUAGGCGACCAGCUGAGAAGCAAAUACAUCCCCCUCCCAAACACACACACACUUACCAUCUCCUCCACGCGCUCACUGGGGGCAGCCCACUGCAGAGACAUCAGAUUUCUCUCUUCAGCAGCUGGCACGUUGCUGCCUGUCACACUCCCAUGCUCUGCAGCAGGACAGGGAUGCAAGCGGCAGCAGGGGUGCAUGGCUGUCCUAAAUCGCAAUGUUUCCCCUAGAGCUCUUAGGAUUGGAACUUCAUUUGUUGUUUUAAACUCGAUAAAAGGCAAGCGUAAGCUGAGCUGUUUCCUCAAACCAACAGCCUGCUUUGUGCUCUUUAGCCAGCUCCACGUGCUGCGCAGGCAGCUGCCAAGCAGCACAUCUGCCAGCUGCUCAGUUGCAAAAAGAGGCACCUUGUUCCAUGUUAAUGCUGAGAUGUAUCUUGUAUAACAAACACACCUACAGAGGAAUUCUCUUUAACCAUUCUUCCUGUAAUGGUAGGCUUUGUCCUGUGAUGACUGCCCUUAGAUUAAGGAAGUACAGAUAAUAAGACUAAAAGAAUAUCAUGGGUAUUUGCUGGGCUUGUACUGGAGUAUUCUUUUAGUUCAAUAGCACCUCCUCUCACAGUUCUUGGAAUUAUAUGUAAAAUUUAGCAGAAGCAUUAUGAUGUAAUUUAAUUCAAGUGUUUCUGUGUUUUAAGCAUCAAAAUGUAAUUAAACUAUUUACAUGAAAUC